CGCUUCGGGUGCGUUCGGCUUUUUCCGUCUCCAUCAUCAUUCCUCCCGCGUCCGUGGCGACUGAAGCCUUGUGGACGCGCCGCGGAGCCGCAAAGGCGCUGGAGCGAUCGAAGAAGCCCCCCGUCUCCCCUCCACCGCGCCGUCUUCUCUACUGGAGACUCGUCCGUCUUUUUUACCCCCUUUCCUUAUUUACUCGUCCUUUUUUCUCCCCUCUUUCAUUGUUUAAUUAAUUUGAAUCAUGAACCGAGGCAGUAGCGCGAGCGCAAUUUUGUGAACAUGAGCGACGGGAAAGAGAAAAAAUCACAGAAGAUGAUGAGGAUGAAUUUGUCCGGUUUCCUGUUUGUACCCGCUUUAUGGGGACUCGCACUCGGUGGAUCACCGAGCGUUCAAAUCGGCGGCCUGUUUCCGCGCGGUGCGGAUCAGGAGUACAGCGCGUUUCGGGUCGGUAUGGUGCAGUUCGGCACAGCUGAAUUCCGCCUCACUCCGCACAUCGACAACCUAGAGGUGGCCAACAGCUUCGCCAUCACCAACUGCUUUUGCUCGCAGUUUUCCCGAGGUGUCUACGCGAUCUUCGGCUUCUACGAUAAGAAGUCUGUGAACACCAUCACGUCGUUCUGCGAGACGCUGCACGUGUCCUUCAUCACGCCGAGUUUACCCGCCGAUGGCUUCAACCAGUUUGUGCUGCAGAUGAGGCCCGACAUCCGAGGCCCUCUGAUUAGCCUGGUUGAGUACUACAAAUGGGAGAAGUUUGCGUAUCUGUACGACAGUGAUAGAGGCUUAUCCACCCUACAGGCCAUUCUGGACACGGCAGCUGAGAAGAAAUGGCAGGUGACGGCUAUAAACGUGGGCAACCUGAAGGACGAGAGGAAAGACGAGGCCUACCGCUCGGUUUUUCAGGACCUGGAUAAUAAAAAGGAGAGGAGAGUGAUCCUGGACUGUGAGCAGGACAAGGUCAAAGACAUCAUGGAGCAGGUCAUCACGAUUGGUCGUCAUGUAAAAGGAUAUCAUUACAUCAUCGCUAAUUUUGGCUUUUUGGAUGGAGACCUAUCCAAAAUUCAGUAUGGAGGUGCGAACGUGUCCGGCUUUCAGAUUGUGGAUUUUGACGACCCUCUGGUCGCCAAGUUUGACCAGCGCUGGGAAGCUCUGGAGGAGAAAGAGUACCCGGGGGCAGACAGCAAGAUUCGAUACACCUCUGCUCUGACGUAUGACGCGGUUCAAGUCAUGACCGAAGCAUUCCGCUUCCUGCACAAGCAAAGGAUCGACAUCAGUCGUCGUGGGAACAAUGGGGACUGCCUGGCCAAUCCGGCUGUACCAUGGGCACAGGGAGUGGAAAUAGAACGUGCUCUCAAACAGGUGCGAGUGGACGGACUGACGGGAAACAUCCAGUUCGACCAAUACGGCAAGAGAGUGAACUUCUCAGUCAACAUCAUGGAGCUGAAGAACAGCGGGCCGGUGAAGAUCGGCUACUGGAAAGAGGUAGACAAAAUGGUGGUCACCAAAUCUGACCUCUUCCCCAACGACACGUUCGGGAUGGAGAACAAGACCGUUAUCGUGACAACCAUCUUGGAGGCACCGUAUGUGAUGUUAAAGAAGAACGCAGAGUUGUUUACAGAUAACGAUCGUUACGAGGGAUACUGCGUGGACCUGGCGGCUGAGAUCGCCAAUCACUGUCGGUUUAAGUAUCAACUGAAGAUCGUGGGAGAUGGGAAGUAUGGCGCUAGAGACGCAGACACAAAGAUCUGGAACGGCAUGGUGGGAGAACUGGUGUAUGGGAAAGCGGACAUAGCCAUAGCGCCUUUGACGAUCACGCUAGUCCGUGAAGAAGUGAUCGACUUCUCCAAGCCCUUCAUGAGCCUGGGAAUCUCCAUCAUGAUCAAGAAGCCACAGAAGUCCAAGCCAGGCGUUUUCUCUUUCCUGGACCCGCUGGCCUAUGAGAUCUGGAUGUGUAUCGUGUUCGCCUACAUCGGCGUCAGUGUCGUGCUCUUCCUUGUUAGCCGCUUCAGCCCAUACGAGUGGCACACCGAGGAGUUUGAGGAUGGCCAGCUCGGGCCCAGCGAGUCCAAUAAUGAAUUUGGGAUCUUUAAUAGUCUGUGGUUUUCUCUGGGCGCUUUUAUGCAGCAGGGAUGCGAUAUUUCGCCAAGGUCACUGUCUGGGCGUAUAGUUGGUGGUGUGUGGUGGUUCUUCACCCUCAUCAUCAUCUCAUCUUACACGGCCAACCUGGCUGCUUUCCUCACUGUGGAGAGGAUGGUGUCCCCCAUCGAGAGUGCAGAGGAUCUCGCCAAGCAGACUGAAAUCGCCUACGGAACCCUCGAUGCCGGUUCAACCAAAGAAUUCUUCAAGAGAUCAAAGAUCGCCCUGUUUGAGAAGAUGUGGCAGUACAUGAAAAGCGCAGAGCCCUCUGUCUUUGUGAAGAACACGGUGGAAGGCGUGCUACGCGUUCGCAAGUCCAAGGGCAAAUACGCCUACCUUUUGGAAUCCACCAUGAACGAGUACAUCGAACAGCGCAAGCCGUGUGACACCAUGAAGGUCGGAGGCAAUCUCGACUCCAAGGGCUACGGCAUCGCCACGCCCAAAGGAUCUGCUUUAAGAACACCAGUAAACCUUGCAGUAUUGAAACUCAGUGAGCAAGGCGUCUUAGACAAGAUGAAAAACAAAUGGUGGUACGAUAAAGGGGAAUGUGGAGCCAAGGACUCGGGAAGUAAGGAGAAGACAAGCGCUCUGAGCUUGAGCAACGUGGCGGGGGUCUUCUACAUCCUGGUGGGCGGCCUUGGCCUGGCCAUGCUGGUGGCGCUGGUGGAGUUCUGCUACAAAUCGCGUGCUGAGGCCAAGCGCAUGAAGAUGACGUUCACAGAGGCCAUGCGCACUAAGGCCAGGCUGUCUAUAACUGGCAGUAUUGGGGAGAACGGGAGAGUGCUGACUCCGGAUUUCUCUAAAGCCGUGCACGCUGUGCCCUACAUGAGACCAGGCAUGGCAAUGCCUCUUAACGUGAGCGAGCUGUCCUGAGUGCCUUACACACAACACACACACACAUUUUCAGACAUACUUUUACUCACAUUCUCAAAGCAUACUUUAACAUUCACUUGACUUGCAACUAAUUACUUAAAAUUGCACAGCAGUGCUACGCACUUACAUAUACCAUAUUUUCCAGACGAUAUAGUUUUGUCCUGUUUUUUAAACAUUAGGCCAUUAUUUAGAACCCUUAUUUUGAUUACAAACGAAGGCUGCAGUGUAAAACUUCGUUUCUACUCUGCGCAGUGUGUUUGUUUUUUAUCGCACACAGCCAACAUAAUGGCAAAAAUGUGUAUCAUAAUGUCAUGUAGAGUAAAGCAGCAUGACUAAUGUUUAAGCAUUUUCAAGCUAGUUACACUCAGGUACAGAUAUAACCCUCAUUAUUCACUUAAUUACUGUAGCUCUCCACCAUAACUGAAGUGGUAGUUUCUCAUCAUCUUUGUUCAGAUAAAAUCGAGACAUCUGAAAUAUUAGCAUCAUGAGCCAGAAUGUCCGUCUGUGAAGAUGUGCAGCACAAAAAAAUCGAGUGGAAUCGAUUCUUUGAAUCAACUCAAUUCUCUCACUCCUGGAAUCCUACUGAUUCAUCUAUGAAAAAUUACCACUGGUCAUUUAGAGAACUCCUGUAGCCCUGUACACCUUAAUGCCUGACCAGCUGAUAAAUGACUCAUCAUGGUGGCAACAUUUAAUCUGGAUAUUUCGAUAUUUAACUAGCUUACUGAGCUUAAAGUUUAUUUCUUGAAAUCCAUAAGCUAGUUUGUGUUCAAAGUUGGGCGUAUCAAGCAUUUGGAUGUAUUUUCAGGCCUGAUGGAGGAAUUUAUUCAAUACAAUCAUGAACACAUCUACAGCAACAAUAACAAGACUAAACAACACUAUAGAAGUCAGAACAAACAUUAUGUAGAAUAAGAAACUUAUAUAUAGUCUGGAAAAUAUGGUAUAUAGAUAUAUUUACUUACAUGCACACAAUCAAUAAGUUUGCCUAUCAAUAAGUUUAUACAUGUAUAUCACAAGCACUUACAGACAGAAACACACACACACUUGUACAUACACACCAUAGGAAAAUGUACAGAUGCAAAACGAGACGUUUGGUUAACACAUGCACGAUGUCCUACACAAAGGACAUAUUUAUUUGCGCCCACGUUCUCUCUCUCGCUUGAUGUUUUUUCCACAACAAACACGUUUUUCUGCAUCCUGGAUUCCAAGAAACACAAGCACACUUGAAUCAUCUGCAUUCGAUACGGCUUUCUUUUCUCGGGUUCUAAUGUGAAAUAUCAGAGAGGAAAAAAAAAUUAUUAUUAUUUUUUUUUUUAUAUUUUUCAAGAAAAAAAGGAAAAAGGCGAUGAGCCUCCAUCCAUAUUGUAAAAUAAUGUUACAGAAUUGUUUCAAAGCCAAACGAGUUAAUAUAACGUAGGUGCGGUGUUUUGAGCAGAUUCGUUUGUCAUAUGAAUUAUAUAUUGACAAUAUCUAUUGACCAUGUAAAUAUCUAUACUUUUGUCCUUUUGAUGUUACAAUGUAUGAAAAAAAAACAACUAUUUUCGUUGCAUUUUCUUCUGAGGAAAAAAAUUUGAGUUGUUGAAAUGUGAUGUUAAUUUGUCUUUAAAAAAUAAUGUUAUUUUUUUUCUUCUUCUGUUGGAUAAGACAAAUGUAGUUUUAUAGUUCUGUCAUUGACAUUAUAAUAAAAAAAAAUAAAGCUUAAAAAAAAAAAAAAAAAAAGCCUGACAUGCAAAACAUUCUCUUUUGCAGGGUCAGUGAUAACAUGAAUUGGAAUUGCAUAUCAUCGUAUUAAUAAUGUAAGCCUAAUUAUAAUACUCCGGUAGAAUUUUUUAAGCUCGUGGAAACUUUCGACUUCCAAACCUCUUCUUAGGGAUUAUGACUGGCUAUGUGGGAUAAAACCAAAUGAAUUCAAGCAGGAAGGAUUUAUAGCACCAUGAGUCAUUUUAAUAAGCGGGAGUCAGAAAUCUCAAUUCUUACUUUAAUACUAAAUAAUAUCCACCAUCUUUUUUUUCCCCCCAACUAAAGACAAAUCAGCAGCGUGGCAUGUUAAUGGUCUGGUGUGCUAGCAUGGUGAUAAUGCCAAUAUUUAAUGGUAACAUUUUUAUUUUUCCAAAACAUUCUUUGGAUUUUGAAUAUACAAGAAUAUACACAAGAAUAUACACAAUUUAUAAAAUGUAUUUAUUUACUUUGCAAUUUGGGCUCUUUGCAAAAACUAUUGCUGCUACUAUCAGUCUCUCCAGGAUUUUGCAGUGUUUUUGGUUUUUUGAAAACUACAUAAACUGAUGAAAUCACAAGCAAAUGUUGUGAUGACGUCACACAUCGCGUCUCUGUUUAAAUGUGCAGAAGAUCUGCAGCCAUUUUGAAAAAUUGGAAGCUCUUCUAAAUAUCGAACCCAAAAUCUUGGAGGGACUGGUUAUCAACAUAGCAUUGUUUUUCCAAGAGAUAGAUCAGUAAACAUCUAAUAUUUAUAGAUGAAAUAAAUCUAUAUUCUGUACCUGGAAUUAAAAAUAAAUAAACUGUCUUAAAGGCAUAAAUUAAAGGCAUAUAAUUACAUACCUUGAGGUGCUAGCUAAAAGUGGAUUUGGAAUUUUAUUGUUUUUUCUGGGUUUAGGCUAAGCUGUUAGCAGAGAUCAUUUUUACCUAGCUAGCUAUAAUGUAAAUAAGACAUCACUUGGUAGAAAAUGUUACAUAUUACGGCACAUUAUUGUACCAGUAAACAGUAGUAGAAGCUAAAAUCUAUCAUGGUGAGGUAGCAGGGAAACUGAGAUGAUUUCUCUUUCAUCUUACCAGGAAAGAAAUCUAGCCAACAUGACACUAGAGACUUGGUAGCUUGAAAUCCGGGUCACGGCACCAACUGGUUAGAAAUUCAACAGAGAUAAAGCCAGUAGACAGGAAUAUGGUUUAAAUGGUCAUAAAAUAAGGAAUAAAUAAAUCAAGAGAAUUCUGACUGAAAAAAGACUUAAGAGUCUAAUGCUAGCUCACUAAAAUGAUAUUAAAAUCUCUCAAGAACCGACUCCUGGCAUUAUUUAAAAUACUCACAGAGCAAUGAACCCUCCCUUGUUCUCCAUUUCCAUUCAUUCCCUGAUGUAACUAUUCACAAUCCUUUCUGCCUUCAGAGGAAGUUUGACUAAGUAAAACUCCCAUGAGCUCUUUCUAAAUGCCAAAUAGUGUUUUGUGCCAAAAUACUCCUGGCAUCUUUAUACAGUGUUUAAAGCGAAAUAACUUAAAUAAAACAUAAUAAAAAUUCCUCUUUUAUAGAUCUAAUUUAAAUACAUUCUUUUAAACAUAUUGUACGUUGGAUUAUGUGCACUACUAUAUGCAGUCCUAACUGUGAAACGCAUGAGAACCAUUAAGUUGAAGCUUUUUCUUUCUUUCUUUCUUUCUUUUUUUUCUAAGCAAAUACUACAACAGCGAUGGUGAUGGUGAUAACGCAAAUGAAUUUAGACAAGUAGAGCUUCUGUAGAGAAAUGAGAAACCUGAGAAAUAUGAGACAGAGUAUAUCACCACAGAAAAUAUAUGAAUAUUGAUAUUGAACCUCUAUGCUGAGCACCCUUUUUCUAUGCCAUGCUGUGUAACUGCAAUUCAUUAGUUUUCUAUGUAUAUUGUAUUGUAUAUAAAAGCAGAGACCAUCCAUGUGUAUAACUCCGAUCUCUAAUCGUAUGAACACACACACAAUAUGAGCAGAGGUUCAAUUUGAGUUGGAGAAAUGGUGACUUCACAAACUGUACACACAACUACACACAUGGACUUGGAUCAUCAGUAGGUUUUAAUUCGAGGAGUCUCAGUAAAGAGGAAAACGGAGUAGAUUUUUCUAAAUGGAAUGUGAACCGACUGCUUUAUUUUUUGGACUUUUGGA